AUGUCGUCGCACCAUUAUGGAGGCUGUAGAAUGCCUUCAAAUGAUCCUUUUUCGGAUUUCUCAGAAGUGUCGCAGCCGGGGACCGCCAACCCCGGCAUCGCCUGUGCGCCUCGACUUCCACGGUCACAUAUUGCAAGACCAGUUAACUAUACGCCUCAAAGGAGCCGUGCAUCAUCAGCCUCGGCUGCGGAAGAGACUGGCUCAACACUGGCACCGGUCCCUCGACCUACCAGUCGUGCAAAUCGCCGUUUAUCGAUGCUCCCCCGCCCAAGCACUGGUGGCUCGUUGCCUUCAGUGUCCCCUGCGCCGUUAUCUCCGCAAAUACAGGCACAGCCCGUUCUAUCAUCAUUUUCUAUCUCUGAUUUAACGAGUCCGCCUGCUUUCAUGCCCGUCUACCAAGUUCCUCCCGCCAAACGACCCCGCAACGUGCUGCGCCGAAAGGCUGCGACAAUAGGGAAGAAUGCGGAGCCAAAUGAAUCACAGAAGCUUAGCCUUGUCAUCCCGCAGACUUCCCAGCCUAAUGAUAUUAGGGAACCUCGAUGGCCUACAUUCGGGGAUGCGGACUCGGCUGGCCCGUCAGCGUCUUCGUCCGGCACAAAAGAAGCGGAAACACCGACGAUUGGGCCAGCAGAAUUGGCAAGCCUUCGUACCAUCAUUGAUACUAGAAAUUUACCUCCACCUCCCACGCCCUUCUUUCCAUCUGCGAGCACCCCUUCAACUCGAUACUCGGAGUCGCCAGGGGUAUGGAGUCGUGGUUCGACACCCACCUCGCUAUCGUCAUAUUCCCCAGGAAUCACCCAGUCAAGCAAAAUUGGCCGUUUAAGACAGCCUAGUCCUUCACAGACCCGACUUCCUGUCUUCACUCCUCCGACUGCAUAUCCCAGCCCACAAAGUGCUUCCAGUGAGCUAUCAGAUGCAAAACUGUCAAAGUCAGUGAUUCCUCAAAGAUCUCACGGUCCAAGUCCAAGCCCAGGUGCGGCUGCUACUUCUAGUACUCAAAGAAGGCCCAGUACCAGGUCUAUCCCUACAAAGAUUCAAGGGCCUCCUCAUAGCCCGCCACCCAGGAAGUCAUCUGUGAACUUCAGUCCGUCAAAGAAUUCCGAUAUCGAUAUAGAUGUUGAAAAGGCUAGGAAAGAAGUGGAAGAGGCAGAGCGAGAGCUUCUUAAUUCCCAUCGAGCCCCUGCAGCCCCCUCGAUUACAGAGCCAAUUAUCACAAAGACUCCGCCGCGGCCAAGCAGAGAUGGAACGCAUCGCUUGGAAUUGGAGGCCUCUCCUGUGAUUCACAGCAAUCUGCCUUACCUCAAGUCAACGGGUCAUAAACGACGAGAGUCUGCAGAAAAGGUCCGAUCUGCAGCCAUGGUUAACCCGAUGCCAAACCCAUCUGCUGCUACUUCGGUGGAUUCUGUGGGCUCCAAUAAUCUGACUCGAAUUCCUUCACGGGAAGCUGGCUCGCCCGUAUUGGCACGCAAAUCUCCCAAGACACUGACCAAGGAGCCCCCGAAAGAGAAGACGGAUCCGAAAAGAGCCCCCACGCCAAAGCGUUUCGGUCUCUUCCCAAAGAAAUCCAAGCCAGAAUUGGACGAACCAUCCGAUGACCCGACCCGACAGACACGCAAAGGCCCUGCAGCAGGCACCGGCCAUGAAGGAUACGGGAAAUAUGGCCAGCGAGGAAGGAAGUCGAGUGCCAGCAGCAGCGGUACCCGAACCAGAUCGACCAGUACAACUCGAAGUACGCCACGAUCCGUCGCUAGCAGCAAGGGGGGAACGUUGAGCCGACCAGAUCUAGAUCUUGACGAGUUCCUCUCGAGUCGCUUGGAGCCCGUGGUGAUUAGUGGUGGAGGUCUCGACGGGGCAACACUCUCACGCACCCAAAGUGAGCUGAGUAUGAGCAGUAUCAGUGUGACCUCUUCGAACCCUCCACGUCCGACACCGCUCACGUCCUCCACCGUCCAGUCGUCCGAGUCAUUAGCAACAUCAACCGGUGCAUUCAGCGACUACAAGACCCCUAGCGAGUCAAGCUCGAGUUUGGGACUUACACAAACCAAAAUCUCGGAAAAAAAGCCUGUGGCUUCUGAGCGUCAGAAUGUUUCCAAAUCACGAAUGCCAGUUCCCAAGGGCAAGACGAGCGGGCUGUAUGCAAAUUCCGAAGCCGCUACGAGUAGCGCAUUCCUCUCGGGUCAUGGUUCAAGUUCUGCUCCUUCGCAGAACCCAAGAAGAACUUCGAAUGAAAAGCCCGAUCCUACUCCCCAGCAUAAAGAGCCCGCGAAGCAAGAAGGGCAGCUGGCCAAGAAGGGAAAACCAUCUCUAUGGCACCUGUUUCAAAAAAACCGCGGCAAUGAGCGAAGCACUGCUCCAACUCCGGCUCCGACUCCGACUCCAGUUUCUCACGCUGCCCAACUUCACGCUGCAAUCUCGCCUGUUCUGAACAAUCGUUCUGUUGCACACUAUGCGUUCGUUGAUACCGACUCCGAUGAGCUCGACGACAUACUCAACAAAAUCGAGGGUUCGCCGCCAACGGAAGAAGAAGAAGUUCUCGUUUUGCCCGCUGUGCCGGCAGGCCUGAGCAUCAAGAAAAGGCUGCCAUCCGUAUUGCUUCCAUCUCCGCCUAAAAUGCAUGCGGAAUUCGAGAAAGAUGAGCGUCCGUCGCCCCGGACCGCGAUGUUCAACGGCAACUUGAUGGACCGGGAACCUGAGAGUAGUCCUGUGGAUCGUCGUCCUAGACGUUUAGCAUCGGUGGGCCGUAUUCCUCAGGUAGUCUCGAGCCGUGAUCGUCAACACAAACCUACUAUGCAUUCAUUCUCUCGGCCUUUUAGCGUUGCUGAGUCUCCCUCACUCAUGGCUCCCCUUUGGGAAGGCUCCAACGGAUUCCCUCCAUCCACCGAGCCUGCUGGCAAGCUCUUUGCAGACGUCCCUAUCAGUCAGUCAAUGCCUUGGCAGUUUGUUUCCAGUCCAACUUUCAAGAGUCCCGAGAGAAGUGCCUUGGACUUGCUGUCUGGCCCGUACUCGGGCGAUGAAUUCAUCCAUUUCUCUCCACGCAACGGAUCUCAGUCGUCCAGCAGCUCAGGAGCCUUGGCAGCAGUCACUGCAGUGGUCCCACGUCCAAAUACCGCGCCCACUGAAGACGAGGUCUGGAACGAGUAUGAUGAUCUUAUCGACCAUGUUCUUUCGCCCGAGGAGCCAAAGCCUGAUGAGUCCAACGUCCCUGAAGAGGAAGGUAAAUUCGAGCUUGCAAACAUGGCACACAGAGCCCUGCAGGACGAGCUGAAUACCGACCCUUCUCGUCUGGGAACUUCCAAUUCCGCCGAGACUUUGAUCCGUGAUAGCAGUGACUCUGUUCGUCUUCGCCGUUCCAGGAUUGUUUCUGCCUUGCAUUCGCCCCUCGCACCCUCGACUCAGCCGUCCUAUAGUGAUCUGAUCUCCAGCUAUGGACAUUUUAGCGAGGAAAACCUGAAUAGCCCUGCCGUUACAGUGAAAGCCCCCUUGGAUUCAGUCCGUGAACAACAGUCCACAUUUCUUCAGUCUCUUGCCACGGUUCCGACUCCAACAAAGGCAAAGUCUUCUGAGAAUCGCAAGUCCGUCCCAUGCUCUGCGGAACGUGAUUGGGAUGCUGUGACCCGUACAAACAUGCGAUCCGCCUCCCUGAUGACUAGCCGCUGGCUGUCUUUCGGACGAGUUCUCUUCAGCCCAGCUCAUAAUCAUGUUAAGACUGGAUCACACGGACGAAUUCUCGUGAUCGAUGGGCUCGGUAAUGACGACUGGUCUUUCUACUGCUCUUUGACCUAUCCCGAUGCCGAGGUAUACAGCUUGAGCCGUCGACCAGUGUCUACUGCACUUCCACAUCCUGCGGCGUGGCAGCCUCCCACCAACCACCAUACCGUUUAUCACGCCGGACUGCACAACCCUCUGCCUUUCCCCAAGGACUACUUCACGGUUGCCGUUCUGCGCUUUCCUGCAGCAAGCCCGGAACAUGUCCAAAGCAACAUCAUCCAUGAAUGCAAGCGCGUCCUUCGCACUGGAGGCUACCUGGAGAUGAGCAUUCUGGAUCGCGACAUGGUAAACAUGGGUGCUCGUACACGCAAAGCCGUCCGCCGACUCAAGGAGCAGACCUACCUCGCCAACUCAAGCAUCAGCCUCAAGCCGACCAGCGACAGCGUCCAGCGCCUCAUUGGUAGUCAAGGAUUUGACAAUCUUCGCCGGUGCAUGGUCCGCAUCCCCGUGGCAGGGAUGGUUGUCCGAUCAUCCGACUCCACAAUCUCCUCAUCCAACCGGUCCCUGUCCGCAACAGGCACUACGGCCUCAACUGGCCUAUCACUCCCUACCAUCUCCGUCACCACUACUGGAAGCCAAGGAACACAAACUGGCUCCAAGUCCUCUCCCUCCGAGGACAACAUUUCCCUAGGCGACCUCCUAUCCGACCCAUCUCCAUCCCCAGCAAACGACGAGUCGAUCGCCAAGAUUGUCGCUCGCGUUGGCCGCUGGUGGUAUACGAAAUGCUACGAAGACCCCGUCCUUCCCGACACCGGCGACAACGACCCUAGCAUGUGGAACGACCGCAAAGUUCUGCGCGAGUGCCAGAAACGAGGCAGUGGGUUCCGCAUGCUGAUCGCCUAUGCGCAGAAGCCGAGUGAGGUCAAGCGACGCACCGCUAGCGUCUGA